CCGCGGGGCCCUUGGACGCGCGCACGGGGCCCCCCGCGCUGAGCUCGCCCGGCCGGAGCGCCGGCCCCGCCGCAGGGGCGGUGAUGAGCGCCCAGGGACCGCCGCCCCUGGCCGCCCCCCGCGGGCGCCCCGGCCGCCUGCUGGUGCCCGCGCGGAAUAAAACUGGCAUUGCAUUGUUGUACCAGGAAGGGUCUGAACAUGCCUAUGACAUUCGAUUGAAGCUGACAAAAGAGGUCCUCACAAUUCAAAAACAAGAUGUCGUCUGUGUUAGUGGGAGCAAUUGCAGUGCAAAUCACAGAACUGUUACACUUCGCAGACAGCCUGUUGGCGGCUUGGGCCUGAGUAUAAAGGGAGGCGCGGAGCAUGGAGUCCCGGUCGUCUUGUCAAAGAUUUUCAAAGACCACGCAGCUGACCAGACAGGGAUGUUGUUCAUAGGAGAUGCUAUUUUGCAGGUUAAUGGCAUUAAUGUAGAACAUGCAACCCAUGAAGAAGUGGUACACCUACUGAGAAAUGCUGGCGAUGAAGUGACUCUCACUGUUGAGUAUCUCAGGGAAGCACCGGCAUUCCUGAAGCUCCCACUAGGGUCCCCUGGACCAUCCAGCGACCACAGCAGUGGGACUUCCUCUCCUCUCUUUGACAGUGGCUUGCAUUUGAAUGGAAACUCCAGUAACACCGCUCCAUCAUCACCUUCCUCGCCCAUAGCUAAUGAACCAAAAUAUGAGAAGCGCUGGCUAGACACCUUGUCAGUUCCUCUGUCUAUGGCUCGAAUCUCAAGGUACAAAGCUGGAACGGAAAAAUUAAGGUCCAGUGCAUUUGAGGUGCUGGCUCUGGAUGGAGUUAGCUCCGGGAUUCUUCAGUUUUACACAGUACAGGAGAGUGCAGACUGGCUGAGGGCUGUGUCAGCGAACAUCAGUGACCUGACGCUACAAAACAUGAAAAUGGCAAACAAAUGCUGUUCUCCUUCUGACCAGGUUGUGCAUAUGGGGUGGGUCACUGAGAGACUCGAAGGUGUCGGCUCUUCUCAAACCUUCAGAUCCAAGUUCCUGGCCUUGAAAGGCUGCUCCUUCUACAUUUUCAGCACUCCUCCGGUGAGCACAUUAGACUGGGUACGGGCAGAAAAAACCUAUAACCUCUGUGAGGUGCUAUUUAAAGUUCACAAGUUCUGGCUUACAGAUGACUGCUGGUUACAAGCAAACUUGUAUCUGGGUCUUCACGACUUUGACUCUGAAGAGCAGAGGCCAUAUUGCUUCAGCGUCCUCGUUGGUCAUGGCAAGAGUCAUGUCUUCCAUGUGGAACUUGGGAGUGAGCUAGCCGUGUGGGAGAAGUCAUUCCAAAGAGCAACUUUCAUGGAAGUGCAGAGAACUGGGUCCAAAACAUACCCCUGCAGCUGGCAAGGAGAAAUCCUGUGUUUCACAGUGGAUUUUGCUUUGGGAUUCACCUGUUUUGACAGUAAGACAAAGAAUGUGCUCUGGAGAUUUAAAUUCUCCCAACUUAAGGGAUCUUCCGAUGAUGGAAAAGCUCGAGUAAAGCUGUUAUUUCAGAAUCUAGACACCAAACAAAUUGAGAUGAAGGAGCUGGAGUUUCAGGAUCUAACAUGUGUCCUGCACUGCAUUCACUCCUUCAUCGCAGCCAAGGUGGCCUCUGUGGACCCCAUGUUCAUAGAUAGUCAGAGCGUCGCAAGAAAAUACAUGUACAGCAACUAACUAAAAGUGCUUCUGCUGAGUGCUGAAAAUUAAAUUAUUUUCUUAAGAAAUGAAUCUUUCCUGCACAAUGUUGCAACUUUGUGUGAUUUUAUAAUGAGCCUAUAGUUGUGAUACCAAUAAAAUAUGUCACUAGUUUCCAGAGACGGGUCAUACUUAUGUGAUGAGUUAAUCAGACUCUGUACAAGCUAAGCUGUGGUUCUGAGAACUCAGCUUCCAUGGGAAUUGAUUCCAUCACUGACAUUCCUGCAAAUCAGGUGAAAAUGGUAUCAACCCCUCAGGCCUACUUCAUACUUGGGGAAAUCCAGACUUUAUUUUUAUAGAAUUUAGAGUGCAAAAUAUUAGAGCUCACCAUUUUACUUCCUCAAGCAGUAAAGGCUUUCUUUGAAGUUUACUUAGUAUGCCAUCUUCUUAAGGAGACAGUGUAUAAAAGGUUUAUUUGAGAGAUGCACAAUGGAAAUCUGUGGGACAGGGAAAUCUAUUCUAAUUAUUUAAUUUUAAUGUUAGUUGUAAUUAAACUGUGAUCCUGUUAGAAAAUAUAGCCAUUCAAAUGAUUAUUUAUUUUCCUAAUUCAUAAAAUACACCUUUUCUUUUCUUGUUUCUCAUAUUGCAUAUUACUUCUAAGAAGAUUAGAUUCUCUAUGUUUGUUAUCAAAAUGAAUUUAAUGGUAUCCCCCCAUUGUUUGUAGGGAUGCAGACUUUAGUUAGAAAAUCUCAAAAUUAUGUACUCCUUUCUCAAGGCUACAAGUACAGGGAGAACAUAAAAUCAUCAGACUGUAAAGUACAGGAAGAUAAUUCUAAGAAAAAACAGUAUAUGGUACCUACAUUUUAUUUUGGAAGGCAAAUGUGCUUUAGCCACUGUAUGGUGUUCUUCAACAUGAUUGAAAUUCCAGCCACUAUUUCUGGGUCACUGCAAAUACAUUCCUUGUUGUAUUUUUAUUUACAAAGAAGGUGAUAUUUUAAUUUAUAAUAUAUUAAAUAUUUAUAAUUAAAGGUUUUUAUGUGUUUGAAGAUAUAUUCUUUUUCGAAGGUAUCUAUCUAUAGAAUAUAUAUUAUAUGUAUAUACUCUAUAUAAAAUUCCCAUUUACUUUU